AAAACACGCUGUACAUUUAAGCAGCCUUUCAUUGAUAAACUUUUUCGAUUAGGACAGCCAGGGUAUAAAGUGUUACCCUGGUCGCAGUCUGGUCUGUAGUUCACUGGGUCAGAUCACAAUGGCUUCUGUUGCAUACCUGUUCCUCGCUAUCUUUGCUGUUGCCUCAGCAGCACCAGAUGGCCGAAUCGUUGGUGGUGACCAUGUUACCAUCGAGGAGUUCCCCUACGCAGUCGCCUACACGUACCUGUAUCCUGGACCUGGUAUCACUGUGCAGCGCUGUGUCGGCAGCUUGGUCUCCUCAUUCCAUGUCUUGACUUCCUCCUUCUGUUUCACUGGCGCCAAUCUAGACAACAUGAGGAUUCGUGCUGGAUCUACGAACAGCCUCUCUGGUGGAACUAUAGUGGAAAUCGACAAUGUUGUGAAGCACCCUGACUACACGGAGACGCCUCGGUCCCAUGACAUUGCAGUGACCUUUUUGAAGACUCCCCUCGGCCUCAGCAACGUCAUUAACGUUCUGUACCUGCCUCCCGCCAACACUUACAUCCCUGACGGACAAUCUCUUAAGGUCGUCAGCUGGGGAUUCGAAUCAGAGAGCGGCCCUCAACUAGAAACCCUGAAGACUGUGUUCCUGAACAAGCUCAGUCUUGCCGACUGCCAAGCAGUGUACGGUGACACCGACAGCGUUGAGAUUUCUGACAGUGUAAUCUGCGCCGCAGCGGCCGGUAAGGGUAUGUGUAUGGGAGACUCAGGCGCACCCAUGGUGAUCAACAACGCCAUCGUAGGAUCCUCCUCUUUCUUCAAGGAUUGUCUUGAUGAUGAGUUCCCUGACAUCUUCACCAGGAUCGACCGAUACACCAACUGGAUCCUGGAGGUGGCUUCAUCUGGUGGCCGCAAAGCUGAGAUCAGGGUAGCCCCCAGCUUAUAAAAUGAGCAAAAUUGCUAAAAAAAUGUCUUGACUGUUUUUGGGGAUUACUACUUUUCAAGUAUCUAAUUAAAUGUCAAAAUUAUGUGAUCUGUUUUUUCUCAUCGAAAGCUGAUUAGCAGCGUGUUUACUUUUAAGAGAUAUGAAUUAUAUUUUUUAAGUAUUUU